AUGUCGUCAGGGUACACCGGCCGGGAUGACGGACGGGUCGCCGCCCAGAGCAGGAGGAGGGACGGUGGCGUUGCCAGCCAGACCGGUGACUGCAUCGUCGGGGUCGGCGCGAACGGAGAGGCGAGCGGUGGCGGCGGCACCAUCAGCGGUAGGAACACCAGCGUGAAGAACAGGACAAGCAGUCCUUAG